AUGGGUUCCCGACUUAUCGAAUCACUCCAACACGCGGCGGGCAAANAUCAAGAAUUGCUCUCCAUCCUCUCGCAGACAGACAAUGCCCCCUCAGAUCUCAAGCAAAACUCGACAUACAUCACAGACCUCCAAAACCAGAUUGCAGCCACAGACAAAGAAAUCAAACGACUCCACCGCAUCACCGAGGACGAACGCAAAGAUCAUAUCAAGUAUGAAGAAAGCACUUUUACCCGCUACAUGUACAAGAUGCGCGGCAAGAAAGGCCAAGCUAAAUUUGCCGAGAAGGCCGGAAAGGAAGAGAAGGAAUUUGUCGAGGCAUGGCAGAAGGAGCGUGAGACGCAAGAAUCGCACGCUGAACUCAAAAGAGCGCUGGAAACUGCGCAACAAGAACAUCAACGUCUGCAGGGCGAAGCAACCAGACAUGAUCAAGCACAAUUUGAGCUUGAUAGGCUCUAUUCUUCUAUCUUCGAUGGUCCUACGCCUGAGAUACCUGGCGAAGAUCAGAUGGAAUCGAGUCUGCAGAACAACAAGCAAUGGGCAGACAAUUGCACACAACACCAAAACCUGCAACGACGAGCUGCCGAGGCCUUGAAUGCAACACUGCAUCACCUGGAGCGUGCAGCAAAAAACAUGGAUGAUGCUCUUGACAUGUCUCGCUGGGACAUGUGGGGCGGAGGUACAUUCACAGACAUGAUGGAAAGAGAUGCUCUCUCCAGAGCUCAAGUCGGUGUUUCCGAAUCUCUGCGCCACAUGGAUGAGGCUCGUCGUUGUCAGCCUGCCAUCCCGCCUCUCUCCGAAAUCAACAUCGAUAAUGGUCAUUUCAUCAGCGAUGUCUUAUUCGACAAUAUCUUUACAGACAUGGCGCAACACGAUCGCAUCAAGAACUCGGCUAUGCAAUUGCACAAAGCUCUACAGCAGUGCAGAGAAAUACUUGACAAGCAAAAGCGAACAUACCACGAGGCCGCUACUCAGAGUACUCAGGCUACGGAAGCUUUGAACAGUUCUCGUUUCGAGCUGCAGCGCAUCAGAGCAGAGGCUUUCGAGAGAUUUGCCGGUCAAGGUGCUCCUCCGCCGUUCCAGCAGGCGACUGCACAGUAUGUUCCUCCUCCAGCAUAUUGA